GACAUGGAUUUCAUUGACGUGUUGUCUUCCUGCAGUGAAUUGAAUCAAUCCGGUGUCAGUUACGUGAUAGUAUGCAAACAUGUAUUGUACUUUCUUUCCUUUUUGAAGAUAUAUGGCUGGCCAGCUAUAAUAAGACAAAAACAUUGCUGUUCAUUUUGGGGCUAAUAUUGAUACAACUAUAUGUUAGAUCUACUUUGGUCGUGAGCGGACGUUAUAUAGUUCCUACGACUAUGCAUGCGUGGGUGAGGAUAGGAAUGGAACAGAAAGAGGGCAGUAUUAUUUCAGCACUGGGCUGAGUAAACCAAGCAAGAAUCAGCGGAGAAUAGACAUCGAGCAAGCAGUGUACGUCAGUAAGUGAAAGAAAGCGGACGAGGUGGUAAGGCGCGGAUAUAUGCAAGGCAGACAUUAAGAGAA